AUAAAAUCAAGAUGACCUGCGAACAAGCAAGCAAGUGGUCGCUCCGAUGUCUAUCGAGCAUGUCUCGUAAUCUACAUAUACGAAGUUGGGAGCUGGAAUGAUCGCUCUUAUGCUUGGAUGCCAUCAUGAGAGGUGAGAUACCUACAUGACCACUAUGGUUUAGACCGGUGGUUUAGAGAAGUGGGCGAGAAAGCAGAGGGUCAACGUUGUUCCUCUGAGCCGCUGACAUAGCAGAAAUGGAAGGGACGUCGGAGUCGGGCGGGGGUUUCUGUUCAAACGGUGCCAGCGAUGGGGGAAAAUCUGUUGAUGCCCGCCGUGUUGAAGCUCCAUAAUGAGCUUUCGGGAUGUGAUCCGAGAAGGGGAUCCAUUUUGGCUGAUACUAUGGUGUGGAUAAAGCACGGGGGAUGAGCUUCAAGGGGUGGUGACUGACGUGUUGGUCCUUGUUUGAUAGUACGGAUAUUAGUGUAAUGUUGAUAGGGGAAGCAGGAAGACAGGCUUCUAGUCAUGGCGGCAAGCAGCUUUCAUAACAGGAGGUUGAAGGUCUGUGCUGUCAAGUGAGACGUUGGAUGAUGGAGGGACUGCUUGUUCGGCAUCACCGGUUGUUGAAGGACCGAAUUUCCAUAUUCUCAAUAUCGAAUGUUUUGGAGUUGAGAAUUGAAGGAUAGCUUUUUACCUAGGUGCUCGGAUAGCUUCCGAUAUUAAACGUUGCCAAGAAGAGCGCCCCCGUGGGCAUCCGGCGGAUUCCCGGUCAGGCCAACUGCCAAUUGGACGUUGCGACUCUCCCGAACUCACCCACAGCGCAACGGCCGAAGUUGGCGACGCGAAAAAAUCUCUCUCUCUCUCUCUCCAGAAACACGUCACUCUGGAAUCAAUUGCCGCGACGACAAGGAAAUACCGUUAGAGCCAAGCACCACCGCGAUACCACGCACGCUAUCCGCACAUCUCACUCUCUCACUACUCUCAACGACUGUGCUACCUGAACUUGCACAGCCGAACGAACCCCCUCUUGGCUCCCACGGAAAACUAGGUUUAUGCAAUCAGGGCUUUCUGAAGUUUCAAACAGCGAGACUCACAAACCCACCGACUCUACCCCGUCCACCGCCUCCCAAUAUGGCAUACGUCGCCCCAGCUCUCAGCCUCGGCCAGGCAGCCAGUCCCAGCGCCGUGCUCGGAGCCCCUCUCCGGGUGCGCGGGGCAGCGAGCUUGACGUCAGCGAGCUCGACCACAAGCUGGACCGACUGAACGUCGCUAGUGUUGAAGUCGAUGUUGAUACUGCUCCAAGCUAUGAGCUGGUCGCCGGCCAGCGCAUCUCGGAAUAUGAAAAUGCGUCAUCAGUGAUGCUCUCGAACCGUCAGAGUCCUCGCCCGGCUUCCGACUCGAAGCCCACCAGCAAUGGCGUGCCCUUCAAGAGUGCCCAGCUGACCGACUUUCCCAAUGAACUCCUGACCCAAGUCCUCUCCCACCUCCAUCCCGACUCGCACGGCGCUGUGGCUUUAGUGUCGAAGCGGUUUUAUGCGCUUGUUACGACCCCUUAUGCCUGGCGGACUGCCUUCCUGCGAUACUUCCCUGGGCGUGAUGCCCUGGCAGAAUCGAAGAAGUCUGGUCAAAAGGAACAGGAGGGCGAAUCUCACCAUGAUGUCAUCAGGUCCGAGGUUCGAUUCUUCACUCGGCUGACCACGUCUGCCUCGUGGCGCAGCGAGUACUUGUUGCGCACUCGCCUGCUCAGGAGCGUGGUUCGUGGAAAGCCGGGUAGUGGUGGUGUUGGGACGUCUACGAAAGCCAGCCAGAAGAAGUCCGGUGCUGUGUUGACGUACAAUUCGAAACUGCCGUGGAUGAUAUCGACCGUUCAUGCCAACUUCACUGGUGGCAGGCAAGGACCGAAGGUCAUUCAUGGCUCUCGCGACCUCGGUAUCGCCACGACCAGCGAUCCGACUACGGGUCGACUGGACAAGGUCGGGCUCGAUGACCCCUUUUCGUUUCAGCAGUUGGAUGAGGUUUUCCCCGACCUUGACUUUUGGGGUCUGGAUGACGGCCUGGCUGCGGUUCCAAAUGUUUUGGAUGUGAGCCAGCAGUAUGGAUUGGUUGGUGGAGAAGGCUUUCCUGGUGGCCGGGUGUACUUCAAGGGUGCUGGAGACUUGCGUGGCAAGUAUCUGGGCCAGGACGAUGUCAUUAUUGACAUGGAACCCGAGAUUCCUAAGAUCCCGGAGCUCAUGGAGGCUGUCUCUGCUGUUUGGAUUGCCAAGACGCCCAACCCCAUGCAGGUGACAAACUCCAUGGUAGGCAUCAUGACUGGUUCUACGCUCGGUGUUGUAACUGCUUACACACUGGGCAUUGACUCAACUGGGCCUCGGUUUUCCAAGGGCGACAUGACCGCUCGCUGGGUUCUCUGCCCAGGUGUUCCCGUUGUCGACAUCAAGGUGGAUGAUAACUACAGCUUGAAGCGCAAAGCUCUGGGUCGAGUUUGGGCCGUUGCUUUGAACGCGUUGGGUGAGGUAUUCUACCUUCGGGAUGUUCCCACGCCGCCCCUGGUCAAAGGCAAGCUCGAACAGAUGGUCAGGCACGCCUGGUACUCUGGUCGGACUGCCUACUGGGAACUCAUCGAGGCCACUCGCCGUACGGCUAGACCUGAUGAGUUUGAUAGGAACGUCGUCCGUGGCUCUUACUCACCCCGAUCACCUUGCAAUUCUAUGAGAUUGAACAAAGACCAGAUCAUUGCUGAGUCCAAGGAAAUCGAAAAGUUCUUUCGAUACAAGCCUGAACAUUGGCGGAAGGCGUGCCUCGGCUGGGACAUGCUGCGCAAGCUCGAGGUCGACUUUGCUGGGGGGGAUGAAAACAGAGCUGGGGAAGGCAUUUUUGUGGUCACCAUGGGUCAUGGCAGGGGCGAACAGGCAUCUGUCCUCAGGCUUGUCCGGGCAGAGAGUCGGCCUCUGGUGACUACGCCUUCAGGGCCGACGACACCCCUGGCUCAGCCUUUUCAUUCGUCCAUUUUCGGUGAUCAGGUGGUUCCGAAUGGACCGGGCAAAACAUCUGUCGGCUCUGGUCUGAACACUCCUCGAACCGAGGAGAAUGCCGCAAAACCGGACUCUGAGGAAUGGAAGCUCACUGAGUUCACUUUCAAGAGCAAUGCCAGUACCGAGAUUACGGCGAGCUCCAUGGACCUCUCCACCUUUGCAGUCAUGGCGCCUUUCGAAGAUCCUCUGCAUUCUGGCUCGCAGCUCGCUGACCCUCCUGGCACGCCUACUUCUGGGCAUGCUUCGGGUGAGAUUCCGGGCCGCCGCGCGCGCUUGUUGGCCAUUGGCACCAGCACCGGGUCGAUUGUGCUGUGGAAUGCGCGAGACGCGUCCCCCGUGGUGAAGCCGGUGAGAGUCAUUCAAACCGACUCGCCUGAGAUCUCCAGUCUGGGUGUGUCGGCGUUGUAUGUAGUUCACGGAGGUAGUGACGGGCUCGUGCAAGCAUGGGACCCUCUGGCCUCGACGCUUGAGCCCAUAAGAACGCUCAACGCCAGACCCUCGGGACGCAUUCCACGCCACAUCCUCCAAUCAAACCCUGCUCUCCAACACGCCAACUUCUACAAGGUCGGUGCCAUUUUUUUGGACCCUGACCCGACGGCCUUGCGUGGUGUCCUUGCGUUUGGUACAUUUCUGCGAUACUGGACCUACAGCUCUACCAACCAAGUAACUGGACGCAAGCGUCGCCAUCGUCACAAUGAUGUUCACGGGCGGCUGGCUGGUCGCCGUGAUGGUGCCGGUGUUGACUCGUACAUUGCGGCUGAAGCGGCAGAGAUGCGCAGGGAGCAGGAACACCGCUCCAAGGAACUCGACCGUCUCCGCAAGCGGUUUGGUGUCGGUCUUGCUGAGCUCACCGAGGAGGAAGCGCUGCAGUAUGCCCAGAUGAUCUCGGAAGAGUCGCUUCUUUUGGAUGAACAGCGCCGCUUCAGCGCAAGUGACACGGCCAGUGGAUCGAAUGCCGAUUUUGGGUCGUUGGAUGGGAGCAGCAGUGGCAGCAGUAGCAGCAGCACUGCUGAGACCAUCACCCCUGAACCGAGCAUUUCCAAUGGUGGUGUUGCCACUGCCGCGUGGGCGAGUUCUUCCUCUGUGGUUUUGGCUCCUUUGCCAGAGGAGACGACGGAGGACGAUUUCGAGGCGCAGAUGCAGAGGGCGAUUAGGUUGUCGCUUCUGGAGAGCGGGGGGGAUUCUUCGGGGCAGGUGACUAAUUGCUAUUCUCCGGUUGGGCAGCAUCAGAGUGAGGAGGAUCUGGAGAUGUAUCAAGAGUUUCAGGUGGUGGUUAAGAAACCUAAUGGGAGGGGGAAGAAGGAUAAGGGGAAGGGUGUUAUGAAUGGGGGCGGGGGUGGUGGGAGUGGAUCGAAUGCAAUAGUGGAUAAGAUGUAUGGGUAUAACGGGGUUAGUGGGGUCAACAGUGUUGUUGACUUGGGCGGUGGUGGUGGUGACGGGGAGAUGGAUGAUGAUUUGGCGUUGGCAUUGAGGUUGAGUAUGUUGGAGGAGGAGGAGAGGUUGAGGAGGUUGGGGGAGGAGAGGGAGGAAGGGGUGGUGAAUGGGGAAUGGGAGAGGGAGGGGGAGGGGGAGGAGGAGUUUCCUGCUUUGGAGGUGAAGGGGAAGGGGAAGGGGAGGGCUUGA